AUGCAAGAAGCUAAAUGCACCUCAGUACCUGUAGGAGGUCAGUUCAUUCUUUCAAGGGAACAAUGCCCUGCAAACUCUGAAGAGGUUAGAGAAAUGAGGAAUGUACCAUAUUCCAUGGCUUUGGGGUGUUUAAUGUAUUUAAUGGUUAGCACUCGACCUGGCAUAGCUCAUGCUCUUAGUAUUUUGUGUAGGUUCAUGUCAAACCCUGGAGUUGAGCAUUGGAAAGCUUUAAAAUGGCUUUUAAGAUAUUUGAAAGGGACGUGGGACUAUGGUCUAGUUUACAAGAGGGAAAAGGAGAAGCUGAACUUGAAAGGAUUUGUUGAUGCUGAUUAUGCUUCGAGGAGAGAUACAAGGAGAUCUACUAUAGCCUAUAUGUUCAUGACGAAUAGCAACUGCAUAUGCUAG